UGUUCCGAGGAGAGGAGCGGCCGCCGGCGCGCCGCGGGGAGGGGGCGGGCGCGGCUGAAGGAGCGGGGCCGCCGCCGCCGCCGGGGAGCCAGCCUCACUUCCUAGGAGUGCGGGGGGACCACAGCCUGCCGGGGGCUGCGAGCGCUGCCGCAGACAGACCUCUUGGCUCCCAGAUGGCCAAUUCCCUCAACGGCCGGAACCCGCGCAAGGGACGGAUCCUGGGCUUCAUCGAUGCCAUUCAGGAUGCUGUGGGCCCCCCCAAGCAGGCAGCUGCUGACCGCAGGACUGUGGAGAAGACCUGGAAACUUAUGGACAAAGUGGUAAGAUUGUGCCAAAACCCAAAGCUUCAACUCAAAAACAGCCCACCUUAUAUACUUGACAUUCUACCUGAUACUUAUCAACAUUUGCGACUUAUACUGAGCAAAUAUGAUGACAACCAGAAACUUGCACAACUCAGUGAGAAUGAGUAUUUUAAAAUCUACAUUGACAGCCUUAUGAAAAAAUCUAAACGGGCCAUAAGACUCUUUAAAGAAGGAAAGGAAAGAAUGUAUGAAGAGCAGUCACAGGACAGGAGAAACCUCACAAAGCUGUCUCUCAUCUUCAGCCACAUGCUAGCAGAAAUUAAGGCUAUUUUUCCAAAUGGACAAUUCCAAGGUGAUAACUUCCGCAUCACCAAAGCCGAUGCUGCAGAUUUCUGGAGAAAAUUCUUUGGAGAUAAAACUAUAGUGCCAUGGAAGGUGUUCAGGCAGUGCCUUCAUGAAGUUCAUCAGAUUAGCUCUGGUUUGGAAGCAAUGGCUCUUAAAUCCACUAUUGACUUGACCUGCAAUGACUACAUUUCAAUUUUUGAAUUUGAUAUCUUCACUAGAUUAUUUCAGCCGUGGGGCUCAAUCUUAAGGAAUUGGAACUUCUUAGCUGUGACACAUCCUGGAUAUAUGGCAUUCCUGACGUAUGAUGAAGUGAAAGCAAGGCUGCAGAAAUACAGCACUAAACCUGGGAGCUACAUUUUCAGACUGAGUUGCACUCGCCUAGGCCAGUGGGCCAUUGGAUAUGUGACUGGAGAUGGGAACAUACUGCAGACCAUACCUCACAAUAAGCCUCUGUUUCAAGCUUUGAUCGAUGGCAGCCGGGAAGGAUUCUAUCUGUUCCCAGAUGGACGAAGUUAUAAUCCUGAUUUGACAGGAUUGUGUGAACCCACACCACAUGACCACAUAAAAGUCACACAGGAGCAGUAUGAAUUGUACUGUGAAAUGGGUUCCACUUUUCAGCUGUGUAAAAUCUGUGCAGAGAAUGACAAGGAUGUGAAGAUAGAGCCUUGUGGACACCUUAUGUGCACUUCUUGUCUUACAGCAUGGCAGGAAUCAGAUGGACAAGGCUGCCCUUUCUGCCGCUGUGAAAUCAAAGGGACUGAGCCAAUCAUUGUGGAUCCUUUUGAUCCCAGGGAUGAGAAUUCCAGGUGCUGCAGUAUUAUGGAUAGCUUUAGUAUGCCCAUGUUGGACUUGGAUGAUGAUGAUGAUAGAGAAGAGUCUCUAAUGAUGAAUCGUUUGGCUUCAGUCCGAAAGUGCAAUGACAGGCAGAAUUCACCAGUGACUUCCCCAGGAUCUUCCCCUCUUGCACAAAGAAGAAAACCACUUCCAGACCCCCUGCAAAUCCCUCAUCUUAGUCUUCCACCUGUCCCUCCUCGUCUGGAUCUGAUUCAGAAGGGAGUAGCACGGUCACCAUGUGCCAGCCCAACGGGGUCACCAAAGUCUUCUCCCUGCAUGGUGAGGAAACAGGACAAGCCUUUGCCAGCACCGCCACCUCCCCUGCGAGACCCACCUCCGCCGCCGCCGGAGCGGCCUCCCCCGGUCCUGCCGGACAGCAGCCGGGCCACCAGGCACCUGCACCACGCCGAGAGCCUGCCCGCCCGGGAGCAGCCCGUGCCCCUCGAGGGCUGGUGUCCCAGGGACGUGUUCGGGACAAGCCAGCUGGCGGGCUGCCGAGGCGGGGGUGAUGCCUCCCCCAAAGCGGGACUGACCGCCACUGCAAACGUGAACGGGAGGCACGGCCGUGUGAGUGCGGAGCAGGGAUUCAUGAGGAAGCACAGACGCCACGAGCUGCCUGCAGAAAGUGCCAAGGUUUUUUCAAAUGGUCAUCUGAUAAAUGAAGACUAUGAUGUCCCUCCACGGCUUUCACCCCCUCUUCCAGCUGGCUCUGUCAUCCCUAGUAUAAAGUGCCCUGGUCCUUCAGCAAAUUCUCUGUCUGAUAAAUCAAGGGAACACCCAGAUGAUGAUGAUGAAUACAAAAUUCCUUCUUCACAUCCUGUAAUACUGAGCUCACAACCACCUCAUGGUCAUAAUAUAAAACCUCUUGCUCGGGUGUGUGAGAAUGGCCAAUGUGCGAAUGGAACACACGGUGCCACUUCCGAGAUAAAGAAAUCAAAACAUCCAGAGUCAGGAGAUGUCUAUGAUGCACCUACUGUUCCGGUACCCUUGCCUCCUGCACGGCCUCCUGCCAGAGACAACCCCAAACACAGCUCUUUGCUCACCAGGACACCCUCCGAUUAUGAUCUUCUGGUGCCCCCUUUAGGUGAAGAUGCAUUUGAUAACUCACCCCCCUCACUCCCACCACCACCCCCACCACCUGCUCGGCACAGCAUGAUUGACCACACAAAACCUGCUGGCUCAGGGAGCCGACCCUCGUCAGGACAUGAGCUCUUCCUUCAUUCUGAUCCCCAUUUUGACUCAAUAACUGGUCAUGUUCCUUUGCCACCUGCUCGGAGAGCACCUGGAGAAAAUGUCAAAUCAAAUAGGACAUCUCAAGACUAUGAUCAACUCCCUCCAUCUUCAGAUGGUUCACAAGCACCAGCCAGACCCCCUAAACCACUUCCUCGGAGAACUGCACCAGAAAUACAUCACAGGAAAGCAUACAGCUCUGACAGUUCCACAGAAAAUGUGGAUGCAAAAAUUGCAAAACUUAUGGGAGAGGGCUAUUCCUUUGAAGAAGUCAAGAGGGCACUUGAAAUUGCCCAGAAUAAUGUUGACGUGGCCCGCAGUAUUUUAAGAGAGUUUGUCUGUUUUCCUCCACCAGUCUCCCCACGUCUCAAUCUAUAGCAGCAUCAAGAUUUUCUUGGAGCGCAUGAAUUCUGCAGAUACACAUGUGGAUUGGGGAAUGAGAGGAAGAACAGAAUGGAAUAUUUUUCUUCAUCCUUAGCAGAAGGGUGUUUAUUUCCAGCCGUUUAUCAAAGGCUCAUGGCUGCUCUGAUCAAGACUUAAAAAUAUGCUGAGGCUUAUGUAUUUUUGCUAGCCAUACUUUUUUAAAUCAGGGUUGAACUUAAAAAAUAAUUUUAAAAAAGUUUACUUCCCUAGAACUUUUAAUCUGUGAAAUGCUUUUUCUUGUUUACAAGUUGGCAAGUUACAGUUUUCUAGUUUGUGCCUGUACUAUGUCCUGUUCAUAUUCCCUUGUACUUGUGGUCAGUUCUGCUGUAGCAUUCCCAACAGUUUCCAUGCUGACCACUCCAUCAACUAAAUCAUCACUUUCCAGGAGUCCUGUUUUUCUUUUGGUCUUUUUUUUUCUUUUACAAGAUGCUUUAAUUGUUUUUUUUGCAUUUCAGCUCAUCAAAUGCAAAAAGUAUGUGGCCUUCACUACUGAUUUUUUUUUUUCUUCUGAGAUUCCUUUGCUUUUGAGAGAGGAAAUAUCUGAAUGUAAAACAUAUUAUUCUGUGAACUGCCUUUUUAAAGGUAUUUUGACAGUAAUGUUGGGCAGCUUUCUGUUUAACAAGAAUUCCAUGACCUGUAGUCUCACAGUCUUUUAUAUACAGUUUCCACAGAAAAAUCCCAACCAACAAAUAAAACACUUCAUGCAGCAGUGAUACUGAGUUCUCAAAUGUAAAAUCUCUUUCAAAAUUGAGUAUUUGAUUGCAGAUGUUUAAAAAAGCCAAAUGCACAUGAUAAUACUGUGUUUUGAUUACACACUAAUGGCACCAGUUCUUCAUGGCAAGACUAAAAGGAAUCUUUUUCAAUUAUAUUAAAGGUAUUCAGGUAAAUUCCAGUUCUAGAUUCAGUAAAGUAGAAUGCGGUUAAUGUUUUGUUUGAGUGAUUAUCCUGUGGUUCAUUGUGGCUUGGAUCAGUUUGUAUUAACUUGGAAACUUUAAAUCUUUGAUGCACUGUUAAUUCCUAAUCCUACUGUAGCAAUAUUUUUUGCCAAGUUUUUUAAUAACCUCCUCCCUCCCCUGUACACUUCAUAAUCCUCAAGGGUUUGUUUAACACCCAAAUUCAUUCACUCACUUUCCAGCUGUUUAGUUGGAAAUACAUUUUUGCUUUACUUGGUUAGUGAUAUUCCAAACUUUGGCAUUUUAUUUUUGAGCCCAAAUUGGUGCAAGCCAAUUUAAAAAUCUUCCUGAUAUUAAAAAGAGUGAAGUCAAUUCUAUUCUGAGUAUGUUCAAAGUUGAGUCCAAAUAUUUUCAGAAAAAUUCUUAAGAUUGCUGCUUUCUUGUUUUUUUAGGAAAUUUUGAAAUUUUUUUUCUAGUACUAUUGAACAAAUAAAACCAUGUGAUAUUUAGAAUAUUUUUCUCAUUUUGAUAUGUAUGAUUAUACAAAAAUUUUCAGUGUGCCAGGCUGGGUGUGAAGUUCAUUAUUCCCUUUCAGCUGUUAGUGUUCUCUUUCACUCUGAGUAGGUGCAAGAAUUUGUAAAGUUUAGAGGAUCAGAUCUCAUCAGCCAGUGUGUUUGUUGUAAAGAUGUUUUUAAAGACAGCACGUGGCUGAACUGCAGGAUUUGAAGUAACUGAGAACACCCAUUGGAAAUUACUCUGCUAUCUCGAAGUCCCAUUGUUUCAUGAAAAAACUUGUUCUUAAAAUUAAUUAAAUUAUUUUGUAGCAUCACAAAGCAUAAUAUGGAUAUCGUUAAUCUGCGUCAGUGAUAAAAAGUGAUCAGGAGAAUACAGGGUAUAUAAGGAAAAACUGCUGCAGCAUUUGGAUUUAAGCAAAUGCUUCUGAGUUUGUGCACCCUCCUGUAAUUGUUCAUUCCUCAAGUACAGCUUAGGUAAAGUUUUGGUGUAAGUUAUAUUCUAUGCUUUGACUCAAGUUAAUCUCUUUCCUCUGUUUUGGGAGAAAGUUUUGUGUAGUAUGGAACCCUCUUGUUCAUUUGGUUUGUUUGCAACAUCACUGUAGCGUAUUAGCUAGCUGUAAAUUGAAAAUGAUUCAGGCUAUUAAAUUAUACACUCUGGUUGUACUGGAAUUACUGAAAUGAGGUUCUAGCAUAACUGCCAGCAUAGCAAUAAUGAAAAAAGAAUGCUUUACAAGGACGAACUAACAAUCUGCACAUUGAGUUUUGAAAUUUUGAAUUGUAAUGAAGAACUCAUUUUCUCUUUUUUAUGCAGCAGCUUAUACAAAUUACAUCCUUAUAUUUCAAUUAGAGGCUGGAACUGCUGCCUGAUAGAUUAAGGCUUUUAAAGUUUUCCUUCUUUCUGGUUGUGACUACCAGUGACACUCUUUUUUUAUUAUGUGUUAAAAAACCAAACUUGAAUAUCAGUAUUUUGAGUGGUAACUUGAAAAGAUUUCCAUUAAUCUUUGAAUGAGUGUGCUAAUAACACUUAAAUAGUGGAACAUGCAGACUGUUUCAGACCUGUUCUGGUUAAAGUCAAACAGCAAAAUUGCUUUGCUAGAGUUGAUGUUUACUCUGCAGGAAUUAAUAGGCUUAAAGUAAGUUAAUCUGGCUGCAGUCCAGUUCUCUAAAGACAUAGUUCUCUAAACAUAUUUUUAACCUUUGAAAGACUUAAGGGUUUGAGCCUGGUAAUGUGUUAGGUAACUUUAAGGAUGACUGACUUGAAUGAGAGUGCUUGGGUGAACAAAGUUGGUUAAACUCAGAAACAUUUGAAGUCUUUAGACCGUCCUUGUGUUGUCUGGUUGGCCUCACCUUUUCUCUCCUUUUGGCUAAGUUACUGCAUUUUGAGCAAAUUGGCUGAAUCAGAAGUUGAGCAGAACAAGUGGACAUCAGCAGCACAGGUCUUUUCCAAUGGCUAUAUGUAAGAAAAAACUAAAUUGUGGUGAAGGAAACUAAUAUAAUUAGCCCUGUUAAUGGCUUGUCUGGAACCCUAAAAUGGCCACUGGUAAAAUUUGUUCAUGUCCAUUAUCUCAAGAGUGCAUCUGGCACAGCUUUUUUACAAUGUGAAUUUAGGAAAUUUUGUACCAGGAUCAUUUCUUCUGUUGUAUUUCUCUCAUUUUCAGCUUGAAGCUUUACUUUGCACUGACAACUCUGACCUGAAAUUCGUGUCUUAAAUAUUGACAAAUUUUUAAGCAAAUGAACACCAUAUUCAAAGCACAUUCAGGUGCUACCUGAUGACCUGGAAUAUUUAGCGCUUUUAGGAGUGACUUCUUGAAAAAGGACUUCAGCAGUUUCCAUUUUGAAGGAUUUUCUUUCAAAUAACUAUUUUAACUGAAAAUGCCUUUUAUAAACUUGUCUAAUGUGGCAAAUUUAGUGGUGUGUUCAAUUAAUUUAUAUUUUAUUCAGCAUUCUUUUUAAAUUUUGGUUAUUAUGUAUGCUCAAGUUCUUUAUCUGUUCAUGUAAGGUAUUUUAUAAAAUUAAUGUUAAGAGAA